AUGCUCGAAUUCAAUACUACGGAGGAAGCAUGUGACGCUUUGAUGAUCUGCAACCACAGUGUUGUCCCCUCAAACCAUGAUCGUAUUCCUUUCAUUCUACGUCUUGCUUUCUCCAACUCCAAUGUGGUUCCCGAACAUGGUUUGCCAGCUAAAUGUGAUGAUAAUAGUUCAGCAUUGAAUGGAUGGCAGAAUUCUGGAAAUAGUAAUAAAAACAGCACUUCCAACGACCACUCGGCCGUAUCUGAUGCCUCAGAUACUAGAGUCGUUAAUUAG